AUGACUCGCUACAAGAAGAAGCAUGUUCUUCCUGGUGUUGUCAUUCCUGGCCCCAAUAAGCCAAAGAAUUCAGACUCUUUCAUGUUUCGGUCAUUUCACCAUAUCUCAGCAUGUCAACAUGAAAAUAACAAUGCGGGAAUUCCUGUUUGGGAUGGUGCAAGGGAUGCGAUAAUUCUUUCACGAAUUAUCCAUCUUUUGACCAUGGCGGAUGCUGUUGGACUUGUGGAAAUGGAUGGGCGUGUAGGUCAUCAUGGUGCUCAAGGAUGCCGGAUUGGAUGUCCCAUGAAAGGGAGGCACAAACCAUCAAGUGCAUCAGUAGAAUUACAAGCUCUUUCACUUUCACUUUUGGCCUCUUUCACUUUCACAAGCGCUUUCACUUUCACUUUUGGCCUCUUUUACUUUCACAAGCACUUUCACUCCCACUUUGAGACCUCUUUGUGA